AUGGCCGUUGCGUCAUUCCUCGCCGGCGCCCUCCCACUCUCCAUGACAUUGUCACAAUCACAGCUACGGCUAAUAUCCAGCAUUGGUGUUGGGGUGCUGGUAGGGACGUCGCUUAUAGUCAUUAUACCCGAAGGAAUCGAAGCCGCUGCGUCAUCCCCUACCACAUCACCGCAUGCCCACAAGCUACGAAGUCUCUCGCGUCGAAGCCCGUGGAACUUUGAACUCCAAGAGAGAGAGGUCAUCGAGCAAGUCGCCGCAGUUGCGGCCGUGCGCCGGGUGAGCAAGGACGACGGCGAACCGUUGCGCAUCCUCGUCUCUCCGAGUACACCGAGCCCCAGCGAAAAACGAAAUGAGCAACCCUCCAAACGUGCGCCCGACUCGCCCGAGAAUGAGGGCGAGAAAAACAAGGAGGAAGCGCACGUGGAAGUCCCAGCUUUCGAGGUCGGAUUCUCCAUGGUUCUCGGCUUCAUUCUCAUGUUCCUGAUUGAUCGGCUGCCAAAACAUGCCUCUGAUGGUCUGCACUCGGGCCCGCAGCCGCAGUAUUUCAGUUUGGAUAACUUGGGCGGCAACGGCGUAGAAGCCACGCCGGCAGAUGAAGAGCAAGGCUUCUUGGCUUCGCUGACGCCAACGCCAAAAUACACGAGGAGCCUGGCUACGACCAUUGGAUUAGUCAUUCACGCUGCUGCGGAUGGCAUCGCCAUGGGUGCCUCGUCGGCCACAUCCAACGUGAAGCUUGGAUUCGUAAUCUUCAUCGCCAUCAUGAUUCACAAGGCUCCCGCGGCCUUUGGCCUGACCUCGGUGCUUCUACGGCAAGGACUGUCGAAACGCGCGGCGCGCGGCCAUCUGGCCGUCUUCAGCCUGGCCGCGCCGACGGGCGCCAUAUCGACCUGGCUCAUGAUCAAGUUGCUCGGCGGCCAGCACCUGGAAGGCGAUGCAGGCAUGUGGUGGACGGGGAUGUUGCUCCUCUUCUCAGGCGGGACAUUUUUAUACGUAGCGAUGCACGCCAUGCAGGAUGACGCUUCGUCCCAUAAUCACGAGAGCCACUCCGGUACCAAUGGAUACGCGGACGGCACGCCGAGUGCUCAGCGGAGAACAAAGGGGCCCGACAUCCGCGAUACCUUGGCCACCGUCGCGGGCAUGCUGUUGCCCCUCCUUACGCAGUUUGGACACCACCAUUGA